AUGAACUGCUUUGAGGAAGAUGUUCCAAUGCCUGUGAGUCCUUUGGCAGAUUACUUUAGCAACUCUUUGAUAAAUGUGUUUGUUCUUGGUGUUAUUGAAUCUGAGAUUCCAAUUGAUGACUCAAAAGCUCAACCUCUGCUUAAGAACAACUUCCUUCCCACCAGUCCCCGAUUCUCCUCUAUCAUGGUUACGAACAAGAAUGGAAAAAAAGCAUGGAAACAAGUUGAUGUUAAUCUGAAGGAUCACAUCAAGAUUCCUACGUUUACAUCCACCAAGCGAGUAACCAAAUUAUAUGACGAGUGUUUUGAUGAAUACAUGUCAAAAAUAGGUAUGGAACAGUUACCAGAAGAUAAACCACUUUGGGAAUUUCAUAUAUUUAAGUAUCCAACGAGCAAAGCUGCGGGAACUUUUAUACUUAAGCUCCAUCAUUCACUUGGAGAUGGCUACUGUUUCAUGACAACUUUUCUUUCAUGCGUACAAAAUGCUGACAAUCCUUCUGUUCCUGUAAAGUUUCCUUCAAGCCGAUCGGUGGAAUCAAAAAGUACCAAAGUCAUGCCAAAACAAUUAUCUCAAACUGCUUCUAUGGUUAAGAGCGCAUUUGAUUUUGGCUGGAGUUUGUUGAAAAGUAGCUUGAUCCCAGAUGAAAAAACACCAAUUAGGUCAGGGCAUGAAGAUGUAGGGUUUCGACCUAUGAGGUUUUCAAAUGUUUCCCUCUCUUUGGACAACUUCGAAGAAGUCAAAAGUAAACUCAAAGUGAGUGUAAAUGAUGUCCUGGUUGGUGCAAUUUUCUUUGGCAUUCAACUAUACAUGAAGGCAAAGAAUCACAAAUCAAGCACAGAGAGUACAGCACUGGUGCUGCUCAAUACCAGGAAAAUUAGACGUUACGUAUCACUGAAGGAGAUGCAUGAUACCAAUUCCGAGGCACCUUGGGGGAAUAGAUUCCACUUCAUGCAUGUUCCAAUGCCCAUGUUAAGUGAUGACAUUGAUUAUUUGAACCCUCUUGAGUAUGUGUUCGAAGCCAAGAAAAACAUCAGCCGGAAGAGAAAUUCUUUGGAAGUACCAAUGACUGGCGCGCUGUUACGCUUGUUGAACGAAAUCAAAGGACCAGAGGCUGCUACAAAAUACAUGCAUAAGAUAAUGAAUAAUGCAAGUUUGAGCAUCUCACACGUGGUAGGACCAAUGGAAAAAGUGGCUUUGAUUAAUCAUCCAAUCAAAGGCCUCUACUUCAUGACUGUUGGUUUAUCUCAGAGUAUCACAGUGACUAUAACAACAUACUCGGGAUAUUUAAGAGUUGGAUUUGUAGUAGAGGAAGGCUUCAUAGACGAAUAUCAACUCAAGUCAUGUUUCCAGACAUCUCUGGAAAUGAUACUGGAAGCAGCAAAAAAAUUACCAAUCAAAACAAGAUUAUAA